AUGGCGAUACCGCCCAACAACAAUCGUAACAGCGCCCGGGAUGACGGGCCUGGUACAUGGCCUUCCCAUCCUUCUUCAAACAACAGAUCUCAAGCGGCGGAACCCGAGGAAGACGGGCUUUCAGACGCCUCUUCUGUUCUGACACAGCUUGGAAACGACGAGUUUCCAAGACACUUCACCGAGCGCGAAGGGCGUCUCUUCCAUGCUCAUGAUGGCUCGCCGUAUCCAAUGCCCGUAGAUGGCGGGGAACAAACGAGACUGGACGCACUUCACCACCUACUCUACGAGCGCUUGGACUCGCACUUCGCAGGACCCGUCGGCGACGUGCUAGCCCAAGAGCCAGGCAGGCACAGGCGCGUUUUGGAUUUGUGUACCGGUACGGGUAGAUGGGUCAUGGAUAUGGCAAGUAUAUUCCCUAACGCCAAGUUUUCUGGCAUCGAUAUAGGUGCGAUCAGAAUCACUUGCGCUUACCGCUUACAUACUUACCUAUUCACAAACUCUGACGGAACCAUGGAUUUUGUGCACGCACGCAACGUAUCACUGGCAGUUCCUCACUACCCCCCGAUGUUACGCGAAGCCACACGGGUUCUGCGCCGAGGAGGUCUCUUCUUCUCCGGGGAGAUACUUCGCCAAGUGACGUUUGAUCCGGAGUGCUUCCAGGGCGUGCCGGCCUUGGAUGCGCCCCGGGCAGACAACUUUUAUAGACUCAUCAAUAGAACGUUGGCACUUCGAGGUCUAAACAACUACACAGACAGAAUUGCGGAGUUCGUUCACGCAAGCGGGCAAUUUGGUGCUAUCCGCCGACAAAACUAUGUGAUUCCGAUCGGGGAAUGGUCGUCGUCCCCGAGUGACCGACGUCUUGGCGUGAGGUGUCGCGACAUCCUGGCCGUGUUUGCCAGAAACCUUGCUCCGAUGCUCAAGGAUGCUGCGCAUCCAGAUGAAUUUAUUGGAGAAAUCAUUGAUGGGUUUGUGGAUGACAUUGGGAGUGUACGUGGCCUAGUUGCGGUAUACCAGACCGUGUUGGCCCGCAGGUGUUAA